UGAUCAAUUUCAAAGAGUCAGAUUGGUUACUAUUUUAAUUAUAUUGUUAAUUUCAGUAUAUAGUUAAUCAUGCCACUUAAUACAGCUGAUAGUACAUUUGAUCUUGUGUAUGGAUGAGAAAUAUCGUUGAACCAAAUAGAUACUCUAUUUUUAUUUAUUGAUUGGCUAAAUAAAACUUGCAACACGUUCGCAUAAUAAAGAUUCCUAAUUGCUAUCAGUUGCAAAGUACAAAAUUCAUACGAAAAAAUUUUGACGGAAACUCAGAUUUUUUUCUAUUUUCCUACAUGAGAAAUCUUUCUUGAAAACAAAAAUUCGAAGCGAGCAAUCCAUUUCGAGAUCUGAUAUCCAAGAUAAAAAAAACUCUAGUUUACACCUAAUAAAGCAAUUUCAAUAAUCAUCAUUGAUGCUGUUGAUUUCUGAUUUUAUACCUGAAAGAGAAGAAGCAAUCAAGAAUUAUGAAAUAUUCGAUUAGACCCAACUAUAAACAAGAACGAUAGACUUAUCUAGUAGUUCGAUAAUCAUAGCGUUUAUUAACUCAUUUAUAUAAAGUUAUUUUUAUAAAUUUUAUUCUAUGAUUAAUAGGACAAAGAACAUUAGCUGUUCUAACAAAGCUUGAUUUAAUGGAUCGCGGAACAGAUGCAUAUGAUGUUCUAUGUGGACGAGUUAUACCGGUUAAGUUAGGUAUUAUUGGUGUUGUUAAUCGAAGCCAAGAAGAUAUUCAUAAGAAAAAAUCAAUUGAUGAAGCAUUACGAUAUGAAUCUGCUUUUCUUCAAAAGACUUAUCCAUCUAUUGCUAAUCGUAAUGGAACACAAUUUCUUGCUAAAACAUUAAAUAGAUUACUCAUGUAUCAUAUUCGUGAUUGUUUACCAUCAUUAAAAACUCGUAUUAAUCAAAUGGUAUCUCAUUUUCAAACGCUUAUUAAUUCAUUUGGUGAACCAAUUGAAGAUAAAGGUCGAUUACUUCUUCAAAUCAUAACAAAAUUUGCUUCAAAUUAUUGUGCAACGAUCGAAGGCACAGCAAAAAAUAUUGAAGUUUCAGAAUUAUGUGGUGGUGCACGAAUUUGUUAUAUAUUUCAUGAAACAUUUGCACGUGCUCUUAAAUCAAUAAAACCAUUAGAUAAUUUAACAACAUAUGAUAUUCUUACAGCAAUACGAAAUGCUACUGGUUCAAAACCUGCUUUAUUUGUUCCAGAAAUAUCAUUUGAAUUACUUGUUAAACGUCAAAUAAAACGUUUAGAAGAUCCAAGUUUACGUUGUGUUGAAUUAGUACAUGAAGAAUUACAAAGAAUUAUUCAACAUUGUGGUGCUCAACAAGAAUUUAUUCGUUUUCCACGUUUACAUGAAAAAAUCGUUGAUGUUGUUACACAUUUAUUACGUCGUCGUUUACCAGAAACAAAUCUUAUGGUGGAAAAUCUCGUUGGUAUUGAAUUAGCAUAUAUUAAUACAAAACAUCCAGAUUUUAAUGAAGCUGGAAUUAUUCAUCGAGCUUUAACCGGUGGUGAUAAUAUAACGAAUACAAAUCAAAUACAACAUAAAUCUAAACAUGAUGAUCGAAACAACGAUCAAUCAACAUCAGGAAAAUCAAGUUCAAUAAAUCGAACAUUAAUUCAACGUAAUGAUGGUAAUGAACUACAUGUUAAUGGUAUACAAUCUUCUUCACAUAUAUCGAAUACUACCCUCACUUCUCCAACAAUAAUGUCAAUGGCACCGCUAGGCGAUGCAGUGAGUAUUGUAUUUAUGAUAUUUAUUAGAAUAGAACUUUUACAUUAA